CUCCCUCUCAGGUGGCAGGAAGGAUCCUGUGGUGCCGGCAGCUCUUCAGGAAGCUUGAAGCUCCAAUGUUGAUCCUGAAAAAAAAGCUUGACGUCCUCAAGGGACCAGAGAUGACUAAAGUGAUCCGGAGCUACAACAAGAUUGCCGUGGUGCUGCUGCAGUACGAGUUGCUGCACCUGCACGGGUGGAGUCAGGCUGCAGAGAGCGCCCCGCACCGCCUGAGCGCCGCCCUGCUGGUCCGACGCGAGAACAGCAAGGUGCUGGAUGACGCAACGAUAGAUGAAUGGAUGAGUGAACUCACUUUGACUAUCUUUACUACUUUUAGCGU